CAGAAGGAAUCAAAUUUGCCUGUCUCACAAAUGUUUGUUAGUGACUGAUGCGCGCUAGUUUAGUGUAUCAGUCUGUAUGAAUACGUAAGUAUCGAGCAAAACCUUACGGUCCUUACCAUACAGAUAGCUGGUCACUGUCACAUCUCCCUAACAAAGCGUUCAACCGCCAACAAGAAAGCGCGCAUUUGCCACAAUGAUCACUCGAUCAAUUUCUCUGAUUUUUCUACUGGUUAUCGUGUUUGUCGCGACGUAUUCCUUCUUGACCGGUGUUUCGUUGAACCAGUCUGAAAUUUCCUCGGGAUACAUGGUUGAACAGCCCUUAAACCGGUCGGAACGCAGCCAUACCUCGGACACCUCGUUUGACGAAAUACUCCAGAACAACGUUGACGACGUCGUUAUACCAAAUGUCCACUCCAUUCACAUGGUGCGCCUGUACAGGGAAACCCCUACGCAACACCAGCACAGUCUGUGCUGGCUGGAGUGUGUGGCGCUGCUAUCGAUUAUGCUGUACGCUCCCCAAUACACGAUUUACGUCCACACUAACUACCCGGAUUUUUGGCCGUUUGACACUUGCGAUGGAUUGAUUCAGGAUUGGAGGAGUGUUAAGCUGGUGUACAGUCGGAGAAGAUUCGUUCUGAAUGGUGUGCGCAUGAACCGGGGUGACAAGUUCAUUGCCCAUGAAGCGGAUAUUGUGAAAUACAUGUCGGUGUAUAAGUUUGGAGGAAUCGCGGUUGAUUUUGACGUUUUCUUUUUGCCCAAUGUUACCCAAUUGCUAGACAAGCUCAAGAAUGGUUACGACUGCAUCGUUUCAAAAGAGGAGGAUCAUGUCAAGAAGAUGAAUCUUGGAUUCCUUGCCUGUCAUCGCGGAGCGUCGUAUGUUGCUGAUGUUUUGCGGGCUUAUAAUACAGACUACCAUCCCGAUGCAUGGGUUUACAAUAGCGGGGAGGUUCCCUGGCGGAUACACAGCGAAAGCCCAUUGUACAAACAAACUGUUUAUGUCGACGACGAAAUUGCUAACCAUCCCGGUUGGGAGACUAUAGAACACUUUACCGGCGGUCAACUGAAGAUUAACUGGCGCAUGAAGCCGGCAUUUCAUUCGUUCCUUCAUGACUGUGCUUACAACGUUACCAAGCCCAAACGGUUCGAUGGAGAUUGGGUGGGAGAGACCGGUGGCGUAUAAACCGCAUCGCCGAAUGCUGAUUGGGGCGGCGGGGAAAAGCGUUCUGGAAAAUCUUCAUGCGGUCGCCGACAUGAAUUUUGAAUAAACCAGUUCACAUACAGGAUGAUUACAUUACAAAAUUUAAUGUACAAGCACAUUCACGACAAACGUGCACGAUGUCAGUUCCGUCUAUGUAUUUAUAGCGUGCAAAACGCAUAAAAUUAGUAACGGUCUCAUGGUUUUUUUGUACUGGAUCAAUACAGCAGACAGGAAGCGAUGAUGUACGUUCGUGAUCAGACCCGGCGACGGGCGUUCCCGUUGAAAACGCGCAACGCAGACAUCGUAGCGAGAGUGUGAGCGGUGGAUACAUUGAGCUGCUUUCCAUCCUUAAUUUAGACAAGCAGCCGUCUGCCGGUGAUACAUCCUCGAGUGGGACGCUGGCAACUAUUCUAGCAGUUGUUGCCAGCGUUGUGUUUAUGAUAAGGAUGCUUAUUACGCUUUCCGUCCUCUGUGGAGUAUCAAUAUGAAUCCAUGCGUAAUUUAAACAGUACGUGCUGUAAUCACAUAAGGACUACUCUACAGACCGUUAAACGUUCAUUCGAUUGAUUGAACUUUCUAGAAACGAGAACCAGAAAAGGUACGCAGAAUUCGUAUAAACGUCUCAUGAAGUUUGUGAUUUUGUGCACUGCUCUCAAACACCGGCUA